AUGGAUACUGCCACCCUUGUGUUGACUAUACGUCGGUUAAAGUUCUUAAACAGGUCCGCCUCUGAAUCAGGGGCAUCGACACCGUCCAUCGUAUUUCAGCAACGCUUACCACAGUCUAUCACCUGGCUACAGCUUUGCAUGGGCGGGUUCCUAUUUGUGACUUGCUCUGACAAUCAUUCAAGCAAGAUCAUUUGUUGGGACUUAUUGUCGAGUCCUGGGCCACCUCGGGCGCUUGCAGAAGGAUAUCUGCCGGGGUGUGUCAAAACUGCCAAAAUCGAGGUACAACAGAACAAAAUUGUGCUUGCUUUGGGCGUCGAGACCGAAUUGCCGUCCACACACAUUCUUGCUUUGGAGCGCACCUCUGAAGAGUACGCGUUCGUUGACUUGGCGCGAAUCCACGGCUCUUCGCAUGUCUUGAUGCUCGCAGGAAACCUUGUCGGAUGUGCUGUUCGCCGUGGCAAUAAUAUCCCCCAUCUUGUUGACUGGGUACAGAACAAAGUCAUUCAUAUCCCUCCCCCUCCAGGCGGCCUCGACAUCCCAAAACGCAGAUCGGUUCCCCAUCUUAUGACGAAAUGGGGAGAAAGACUCGUUCUAAUCAGGACGACGGAGUUAGCCAUAUAUAGGCACCCGCAGAAUGGCCGUCUGAGCUUCGAGUCGCUUCAGAGCACGCCAGAUAUUUGGGAAGUUUGUGUCCGUUCGUGUCCGCCCUCCGCUACGGGAAACGAAUCAACACAAUUGCACCUUCUCGUCAUCUGCCCGACUGGCCUCCAGGAACUUGAACUGAGCAUCGAACUAAAUGAAUCUUCCCCGCCAAACCAUAUUCAUUACCACAUGGUCAGGGCAAUUAACUGGCGCGGAGUUUCGGGAGACCCAUACGAUGCACGUUUCCCUUGGUAUAAACUCACCAUGGGCAGCACAGGUCGAAAAGCCUUGUGGGUGUCUGCCAACGAGUUUCUGAGAACUUCCAGCCAAAACUGCCGAAAAGAUCUUGCAGAUCAGACGCUCCCGUGUGUUCAUGUAGCGACUUUGCCCGUUCCAAGUAGUUCAAUACCGAAAGCGGCUUGCCCGCCUCAAACCCACUCGUGGACUCUGGAUUGGGAAAACGAACCCGCCAUAUGGGCUCUUCCCGUCAUUGCAUUUGAUGAUGCUCUGGGGGUUGUGGCAAUCGGGAAUUGUUUUGGCGAACUUGCGGUAUAUGCCCACGGCGAUGGGCGUCUCGAGAGUCUCUCCGCAAUUCUCCCCCCUCUGAAGGCGCGACAACAAGCCUCCGAGACCAUCCGCAUUUCCAAGUCUCCCCUAACACUCCCUGAAAUUCCCGGCCCUCGGUACAACACACCAUAUGACGAGAUGGAUGCUGUGAUAUCUCGAAGUGGGUGGUGCCCUGAUGCAGUUGCGCGACCGUUGGGCUUACGAACGACAUGGCGCAACUUCAACAUGUACUGUCACCGACAUGAUUUUCGCGGUCUGCCGUGUGACCAUGGCUGGCUUCUUGAGCACGGUUACGGCUUUCCGGGCCGCCUUGCUCUCCAAGGAACAUAUGAAGAUCCAGACACCUUUGUUCUGCGCGCUGGUGAACGGUUUAUCAUGUAUAACGAAUACCUAGACGUCGCCACGGGCACGUGCAGUGCAGGGAGGACACUGCCGGACAACCUACUUGGCGAGCUUCAAGACUGGACAUGUCAAACAGCAUCGACACUGCAAGGCGUCUACGAUCUGUGUCUGCGUCUCGAAAACCCGAUAGGUCAUCGAUGGCGACAGCUGGUGGAACGAGGAGGUCAGAUAGAUUGGCAGGAGAUGGUAGAAACAACAAGGUUCUACAAGUAA